GUCUACCCUCUUGAUUCUUCAUGGUUGUACUAGACGUUAACGCCGUCCUGAUUCCAGCCUGGAAAGUAAGGCUGAUGUCAGGUGAUCCUAGUCGAGUCGACUUCGAACGAGAGCGAACCGAGGCUCGGUUUCUGUUCCCCACAUCUCAGUCGGAGCCCUUGUUCGCGCAGGGCUGACUUGUGCCGCUAUUUAACAUCAACUUCGCCAGACUGGCCAUGGCCUCCAUUGGUGACUCCGUUCAGCUUCUGAGCCAUUACCCGUCCUUCGCUCUUCAUUUCUCCACCCGGCAUAAGCUCAGAUAUCCUCCAUAAUGGCGCCGCCCGCUCUCCAGACGCCACUCUCCAAGCUGCUAGGGAUCCGAUAUCCCAUUAUCCUGGCCGGCAUGGCGCGCACAUCAGGUGGGCCGCUUGCCGCAGCUGUAUCGAAUGCGGGCGGUCUCGGUGUUAUCGGAGGACUGGGAUACACACCGCAACAGCUCCAAUCGAUCAUCGACGAACUGAAAGCCAAUCUGGACGACAAGUCCCUCCCAUUCGGCGUUGACCUCGCUCUUCCCCAAGUCGGCGGCUCAGCACGCAAAACGAACCACGAUUACACUCACGGCCAAUUGGACGAGCUCAUCGAGGUUACGAUCAAGAAUGGCGCGAAGCUGUUUGUCAGCGCGGUCGGUGUACCGCCGGCUAGGACGAUCAAGCGGCUCCAUGAGGCCGGUAUACUGAUUAUGAAUAUGGUUGGGCAUCCCAAGCAUGCGGUCAAGGCAUUGGAGGCUGGCGUCGAUAUUGUGUGCGCGCAGGGCGGCGAAGGUGGCGGACAUACUGGCGACAUUGCGAAUUCGAUCCUCAUUCCCUCGGUCGUAGACGUAGCACGGAGAUAUAAGAGCCCGUUGACAGGGGAGACGGCAAUGGUGGUUGCGGCGGGAGGAAUUUACAAUGGUCGAAGUCUGGCGAGCAGCCUGAUGCAGGGCGCCCAAGGCGUCUGGGUGGGCACGCGGUUCGUGGCUAGCACAGAGGCCGGGUGCUCACAGAUGCACAAGGAGAACGUGGUGUCCGCUACGUUCUCUGAUACUGACCGGACGCUGGUUGUCAGUGGACGGCCGCUGCGGGUCAAGCUGAACGACUAUAUCAAAGACUGGCACUCGCGGCUGGAGGAAAUCAAGAAGCUGACUGAAAGCGGCGUUGUGCCGUUGGCAAAGGACAUGGAUGACGGGAAGGAUGUCGAUAUCCCGUUCCUGAUGGGACAGGUGUCUGGCGUUAUUACAGAGAUCAAGCCUGCGAAGCAGAUCGUGGACGAAAUGGUGCAGGGGGCGGUUGAUAUGUUGAAACUAGGCCAGACGUACCUUUCUGCACCGAGCAGCAAGCUGUAGGUAGAUGGACUAAGUCCGCGUCUUUGCUGACGCUAUUGCAUUACUUUCAUGUAUGUCGCCCAGAAGAGUCAUAGCAUCUGGCGUCAUCUCCGGGUACCACAUAUUUCGUGUAACCGGGGCCGAGUCACUGGGGCUGCAUUCAAAAGUUUGCAAUGCCAGAAGCAGAACAACGAUUCUCGUGGUAAUGUUCUACGGCGAUUGCUUUGUAGCGUUUUCCGGGGGCAAAUGUAUAAUGUAGCCUGUUAAUUACUGCAUUCAGUCUGGCAGGGUCAUCAUCGUGUGCUCACGGCGUUUGCGCACCAAGAAUCCGAAAGCCUGG